AAAACAUCAGCCAGGAAGCAUAGGAACUGAGAAGUGGUCUGUGGUCACCACUCCUUUAUUGGGGGUGUCUUGCUAAUUGCCUAUAAUCUCCACCUGUUGUCUAUUCCAUUUGCACAACAGCAUGUGAAAUGUAUUGUCAAUCAGUGUUGCUUCCUAAGUGGACAGUUUGAUGUCACAGAAGUGUGAUUGACUUGGAGUUACAUUGUGUUGUUUAAGUGUUCCCUUUAUUUUUUUGAGCAGUGUAUAAACAACCAUGGUGGACUUCUAUGUGUUUAACAUUUUACCUCGUGUGGGUGUUUUUGGUGUGCUUUGUGGUUGCUGUAAUUCUUACAAUCUGUCACGGACUUGGACAUAGUGUGAGUUAUAGGAAACGUUUUGCAGUAAACUAUACUGUGUGUUAAUUCUGAGCCUGAAUGUAUUGCCACAGAGUAACAGUCAUUCAUUGAUUAGACUUUAUAUUCUUAACCAUCAGCUCAUCUUACAUUUUUGUUAGAGUCCUAUUAUGAGUUCAACCAUGUCUUCCCUAGGACCAUGAAUUGAGCUUUGGGGUUGGUUGUGCUAUGCAUGUGGCUGCCAAGUGUGCGUGUGUGCACGCCUGUCUCUGUGUGUGUGUGUGUGUGUGUGUGUGUGUGUGUGUGUGUGUGUGUGUGUGUGUGUGUGUGUGUGUGUGUGUGUGUGUGUGUGUGUGUGUUCGUAUUCACUGGGGCACCAGCCCCUGUACGUUAGUUGCUGCACUUACAGAGGAAAUGUGUGUUUCCUUGGGGGUAAAUGGGAGAUGGUGUGUGUGUGUGCCGUCACUAUCCUUCCAUCUGACCAUGUCGUUAAACAAACACACACAGAACCACACACCUACAACAAUGGCUGCCCCUGCCCCCUACCAUAACUUAUCGGUACUCAGACAUCUGACUCUGACGUAGUUUUCUGACAUUCUAAAUGAAUGCUGCUGGUGAUAGUGUUGAAUAACGUAUUUUCCUACAAACUGUAUGUACAUGUUCUUUUUGUAAGCAUGACUAUUUUUAAACAGAGAAGCCUUUGAGCUACAAAAACCAAAUAAAUAUCUGAAUUGAAAUCAGAAGUGUGUAUUGUGGGAGCAUGUGAGUUGGGCUGUCAACAUACAUCCAUUUGCCAAGAGAACAUCCCACUUCUGAUCUAGGAAGGACAGGUAGGCUUCUCUUUACAACAAGGUGAGAUGUACACAAACACACAUACAAACACAUCUAAAUAUGCUGCUCACCUCUUUCCAUAAUCUCUCAGUAUGUGGUGAUGUCUUAAAAAAGCCUUACUGAGGCAGAUUGAAUGGGAGGAAGUGGCUCUAACUUCCCCAGGAAAGAGGAAGAGGAAACAGACGGGUUUGGACCGCUCAGUCAGGCUGGGCAUACAACUACAGACUAAUGACUGAAGAGAGCUGGCUGGGGAGAAAGACAGAUAGAGGCAGGGAGAGAGAAACAUAAAGAGAAAGACUGCCUUCCAUUGGCCUACAAGACCACAGAGCUGGACUAGGGAAAAUAAAGGUAGAGCGAAAGAGUGACGGGAGAAAGACAGAUAAAGGGAGCGAGAGAGAAAAAUAAUUGAGAAAGAGAGAGAAGACUGCCUUCAAUUUCCAUUGUCCACUUCUGGACUUGGAAGAGAAGAGUGAGCGAAAGAGAAGAAAAGGAGAAAGGGAUUUUCCUGUGAGUUGGACACGUUCUGGUACCUGGUUGUGGGGUGGACAUGGGCCAGUUUCUGACGGGUCUAGGAUUACUGCUCUGCUGUUCCCUCUCCGCCCCUCAGAGACUGGCUCCCUCAGGGAGAAACGUCUGCCGGGACCCCAGGGAUCCUUCCACUCUUGUCUGUUGCACUGGAUGGAGACAACAGAGAGAGGAGUGUACUUUACCUGUGUGUGAUGGCGAGGGGGCCUGCCAGCAGGAUGAGGUGUGUGUUUACCCAGGCGUCUGUCGCUGUCGCCCUGGCUACUAUGGAGCCCACUGCAAGACACGCUGCCCUCCAGAGUUCUGGGCACCGGACUGCCGUGAGCUGUGCAAGUGCCACCCUCAUGGGCGCUGUGACCCGAUCACGGGCGAGUGUACGUGCCUCUCCAACCGCUGGGGGCCACUCUGCCAGAACGCCUGCAAAUGUGGUCGCUAUGGACACUGCCACCCCGUACACGGCAACUGCACCUGCGACGAGGGCUGGUGGACACCCACCUGUGCCAAACAGUGCCAGUGCUACCCAGGCACCUCCACCUGCGACCCACUGACCGGCAGGUGUCAGUGUGCCCCGGGUUACUGGGGUCAGAAGUGCAGUCUUCGAUGUAGUUGCUACAUAUCAUCCUGCCAACAGAAGACGGGGGCGUGUGAAUGCCAGAACGGGUGGUGGGGUCCGACGUGUGACCGCCGCUGUAACUGUGACCUGGAGCACAGCGAGUGUAAUGCGGUCAGUGGGGAGUGUGUAUGUCAGCCUGGGUACAAGGGAGCCUUCUGUAACGAACCGUGUGGACCUGGGGAGUAUGGCAGUGGCUGUAAACUGAGCUGUGGCCACUGUGAAGGAGGCCAGUCGUGCUCUGUGGUUGAUGGUGUCUGUACGGCCUGUGAGCCUGGGUGGAACGGCACACACUGUGACCGGCUGUGCCCGCAUGGUUACCAUGGAAACCACUGCCAGGAGGCGUGCCCACGCUGCAGGAACGGUGAACCAUGUGACCCCAGGACGGGGGCGUGUUCACGAUGUGACCCAGGAUGGACCGAACCCAGGUGUGACGAGCCGUGCUCUAACAGGACAUUUGGGGACGCCUGCCGCUCCCUGUGCAGCCCCUGUUUCCAUGGCCACUGUGAUCACGUGACAGGAAGUUGUGUCUGUGGGCCUGGGUUCCAGGGACGGAGUUGUAACAUCACCUGUCCAGACCAGCUGUAUGGCUUUAACUGUUCCUCUGUCUGUGAUUGUGGAGAGGGCACCGCCUGUCACCCAGCUACAGGGGCGUGUCCAUAUAGUGGUCACAGGGCUCUGAUCACUGGUCUCCUGGUCCCUCUGCUCUUGGUGCUGCUGGGUCUGGUCUGCUGCUGCUGCUGCUGUGGAGGACCUACUGACGGCAAAGACAGAGUAGCAGUGGGUGACGGUGGUACCUCUGUCCGUAUGAAGCGUCAUGUGUAUAACGUCCUGGCCAACGUGAGCUCUGCUGUACCCUGUAUCUCUGUCUGGUCCUCUGGGCUGCCCAGAGUCACAGUGUCCCACCACGACCCUGAGCUGACGUUCAACCACAGCUUCAUAGAGCCUCCCUCCUCAGGCUGGGUGACGGAGGGAUCCUUCUUCGACAGUGAUGAGGAGACCGGAGAGGUGCUCUACUGUGUCCCCCCCAGAGAAGACAUCCCAGCAGUGGCGGGCGGUGAGUUCCAGGAGUUCCAGCAUGAGAUGAGUUCUAAGUGUAACAUCUUCCCUGACCCCUCUGCCUUCAGUAUUAGUGCAGAAGACAUGUCCCUCCCCUUUGGCAUUCCCCGCACCUCCAGCAACGCCAAGUCCAAAUGCCCCUCCGUCUCCUUCGCCGAAGGCACCAGGUUCAGCCCCAAGGAGCGCCGAGGCUCUGCCCAGGAUUUGACACCCGGGGCCCCCCGCACCAAACCCAAGUCCCCCUGGGGGGUCCUGAUGCUAUCAGCCCUCCAGGCCCAUGGAGGGAAGGCCUCAGAGGGGGAAGAGACGGAGACAGGUGAGGGGGGGGACCCAGAAUCCAGUGGUGAAGCAGGGGACCCCGAUGUGGACAGGUACACAGCUACCCCAUCCCGAGCCAUGUCUACCCUGCAGGUGCCUGGAGCAGUGGUAGGGCGAAGACGCACCAUAUCCAACGCUGCUGUUCCCAGAAAGGGUGGGCAAACACCAGGGUCCACAUCCGAUGGCCAGCAGGCAGAGAUGGAUAAAGGGAUGGACAAAGUGACCACAGUGUAUGUGACAGUGGGGAAGGUGGGGGUGGGGGUGGGGAGGCCCCUGUCUAAACUAGAGCUCCCCAGCUCGGAGGGCCCGGUACAGGCCGUGCUACGCAGGCUAGGCAGCCUCCAGAGACACAAAGACCAGGAGGUGGGAACUAAGCCCAAGGGGAAGUGCCCGGGGGCGGAGGGGAUCACCAAGCCCCCCAGGAGGAAGCUGGGGACUAGGGCCAGUGUGUGGGAGCAGGGGGGUCCCCCACCUUCGGGGGUGGAGGGUGCUGUAGGGGAAGGCGUAUCUAUGAGGAAACCCAGUAGGAGGAAACAGCACGCCCACCACAGCUCCCCUGCUGUCAUGGGAAACACUGACGCUGGCACUAACACUCAACCCCCACCAGAGGACGCCCCUGCCACUGUUACGCCCACGAGGCCCCUGUCCUCCAUUUUGAAAAGCGUGCCAGAGGUCGCUGGGUCAGAGGUCAGGGGUGAAAGGUCAGGGGUGAGGGGAGAGAACGGCGACCCUGGGAUGCAGACUGAGAGUGGAUAUCGAACAAUCGGGCCAGCUGGAUUUGUAACGGAUGCUGUUAGUCUGAGUGAAGUCAUCGCCAAUGAAGGAGUGGUGGCCGGUGUGGACGAUGGACCUAACCUUUAUGAGAACGUGAUGAUUAUGCAUUCCUAACUUCAGAUGCAAUGACUGUGGUGCUCUGAUUCUUCUCACAAUUGAGUAUGUAGUUCGACUACUAAUGAAUGAGGAAUUUGGAAACUAGCCUACUGUACUGAGUUAACAGUCAAGUCUGACAUAAACUAGCAAUCUUUACAAUAUUGAGUAUACAAUUUUAUGAAUUACAAUAUGUAUAUGAUGGUCCUGUACAAUAUGUACUGUAUGUAUGUUAUACAACAAUAGGAUAAUGUUGAAAUCACCUUACCAAAUAGUUAUUGACACUGUAACUGCCAUGUGUGAAACAACUAUGCAAACGAAAACAAAGAAAUGCUCCUGUGCACUUUGUUCACUUUGACGUGUCUGUCAUCACUGGGAUAACAUUACUCUGUGGUGCCAGCUUGAACCAUUUAAAAGUGUGGGCACUGGCAUCACCAUCACCUGUCUGUGAUAUGUAUUAUUCACUGGAACACCGAGCCUGUGUCCCAAAUGGCACCCUAUUCCCUUUAUAGUGGCCCUGGUCAAAAGUAGUGCACUAUAAAGGAAACAGGGUGCCAUUUGGGAUGCACACUGAGUGAAACAAAACAAGUGAUGAAACUGAUACCUGCCAUGCAUCUGAUGUAUGGGUAUUAUGGUGUCUGUCAGCUGCAUUCAUCUGAUGUAUGGGUAUUAUGGUGUCUGUCAGCUGCAUGCAUCUGAUGUAUGGGUAUUAUGGUGUCUGUCAGCUGCAUGCAUCUGAUGUAUGGGUAUUAUGGUGUCUGUCAGCUGCAUGCAUCUGAUGUAUGGGUAUUAUGGUGUCUGUCAGCUGCAUGCAUCUGAUGUAUGGGUAUUAUGGUGUCUGUCAGCUGCAUGCAUCUGAUGUAUGGGUAUUAUGGUGUCUGUCAGCUGCAUGCAUCUGAUGUAUGGGUAUUAUGGUGUCUGUCAGCUGCAUGCAUCUGAUGUAUGGGUAUUAUGGUGUCUGUCAGCUGCAUGCAUCUGAUGUAUGGGUAUUAUGGUGUCUGUCAGCUGCAUGCAUCUGAUGUAUGGGUAUUAUGGUGUCUGUCAGCUGCAUGCAUCUGAUGUAUGGGUAUUAUGGUGUCUGUCAGCUGCAUUCAUCUGAUGUAUGGGUAUUAUGGUGUCUGUCAGCUGCAUGCAUCUGAUGUAUGGGUAUUAUGGUGUCUGUCAGCUGCAUGCAUCUGAUGUAUGGGUAUUAUGGUGUCUGUCAGCUGCAUGCAUCUGAUGUAUGGGUAUUAUGGUGUCUGUCAGCUGCAUGCAUCUGAUGUAUGGGUAUUAUGGUGUCUGUCAGCUGCAUGCAUCUGAUGUAUGGGUAUUAUGGUGUCUGUCAGCUGCAUGCAUCUGAUGUAUGGGUAUUAUGGUGUCUGUCAGCUGCAUUCCCAAUGUUGUAGGGUUGAGAGCAUUUUGGUUGUGUUGGGAUUUACAUAUAAAAGAAAAUAAGCCACCAUAGACAUAUCUGUAGAGACUAUAUUCAUCUCUAUGGUGACCACUCCACCUCUGCUUGUACAGGAUUUAAGGAGGGGUUGACAGACAGGGUUAGAAUGGACGAUUGAUGACUUGAUCUUCUUUAAUCUAAUUUCUGAAUGUUUCCAAAAAUCAGCAGUGAAUCAACAAGUCCGGACAGUGUACGCUGUGGAAUUGAGUUGUAAUGUAAAAUAAUGCAGCACGGUGUCUCAUUGGAACAGAUAUCCCCUGGCUACCUGGCAUAGUCUACUAUCAGGCUAGCAUAGUCUAUGUACUAUCUGUAGGUUUUGCCAAGCCUGUGUCCUCUUGAUCACUGUUAAGCUUGCCUCCCACAUAGCAUGUCCUUCUAUGCAGCCAAAAACAGUUUCAUCAUAUUCCACUGAAAGCGCUAGUCAGGAAAUGGAGACCUGGUGGUCCAGAGUUGUUGUGUUUGUUGAUGUCUUUAUAGCCUGUCAUUCACUAGGUGGUAGUAGUGUUUCUGUAUCACACUGUCAAUCCAACCUUUAAAGACCCCUCUUGUAAACUGGGUCAGAUAUUAGAGAGGAGAGAUAACCCACAUGUAAAAUGAUUACAGUUUACAAUAGAAGUCAGUAGUAUACUGUAGAAUACUAUACUACACACUGUGAAAGCCUCCACUUCUAUGUCAAAGAUAAUAAAACAAAAACACUACAGUAAAUACUACAGUAUACUACUGUCUGCAAAAACACUAUAGUAAAUACUACAGUAUACUACAAUCUGCAAAAACACUACAUUAAUUACUAUAGUAUAUAUUACAAUUUUCUUUCACUACAGUAUGUAUACUAUAGUUAACUGUAAAUACUACAGUAUACUACAGUAAUUACUAUAGUAUUCACUAUA